GGCUUUAAAAAAAAAAAAGAUAAGUUGCUUUAUCAUUGUAUUUGUGUCUCGCAAAUGUUUUCUCAUACCCGACGAAAGAUUCAACAACCAACGGAAGAAAAUGGGCAGGACAAAGCUACUCAUGAAAGAAGAGGAAAUUCUUUAGUAACAUUAAAGGAAAAUGCAGUAGCAGAUGAGGCGGAGAUAUCAAACAGGACAAGAACAAGCGAGUGCCAAGCACACAGACGUAGGAUAUAACGUCGGGUAGAGACGCUGAUGACUGCCUGAAAGUCGGGAGAAAAUUGGAGCUCGUUUGUGUAGCUGGUGGACUUCCGAUCAGAUGGAGAAUACUGCGAGGUUGGCACUCAGAUGCCAGGUUGUGCAAAUCAUUUUCCUGUUGGCUCUUAUGAUGGGAAGUGCACAUUGUAAUGCCCAAAGAAGACAUAACAUUACAGACUUGGAUUGCUUCAAUGACUAUCUUACUGAAAUGUUUUGCUCUUGGAGAGUCCCAGACCCCGGCAUCUCCUGCAGUCAUGACUUCCAGCUGGAGUGUAAAAAAAUGCGUUUUAGAGUACCUUUACGCUGUGUUCCAGAGAGUAUACCGGUAGCUGUGGCUGAUACUAUGUUAUAUACAGGAUGUAUCUGCCACAUUAAAGUUCUUUUCUUUGUGGCUUCUGAUGAGUAUUAUAUUCAAAUUAAGUCGCAUGGGAUUUCCAUCGCAAACACAACUAUUUCAGCAGCAGAAAAAGUUAAACCUAGAGCUCCAGUAAAUGUCACUAUAGAGCAUAAUGGUGAGAUUGCAAAAGUUCACUGGGACAGCGGUUACACGUGGGAAAAUUAUUUAUUCCAAAAGCUGAAGUAUGACGUCCAAAUUACCUCAAAGCAAGAUCCAACAGAGGUGAAAAGGAAUACACUGAGCUACUUGGAACCUCAAUACAUAAUCAGGAAGAGACUUUUCAGAAAAGGACAUGACUUUUUAGUGAAGAUCAGAUCAAUGCCAAACAACAAUAAUUAUUCAUAUGCUGGCAUUUGGAGUGAGUGGAGCCCAGAAAUUCAGUGGCAUAAUGAUUAUGAUCUCUCUGUAUAUGAUAUAAUAGAAAACACGAUGCCAGUGAUUGGACCAGCAUUUGUAAUUUGCAUUUUACUGUGCUUUGUCAGUGGUUUAAUCUGUAAAAGGAAAUGGUGGAAUAAUAUCCCAGAUCCCAGUAACAGUCAUCUGGCAAUGGCCAUGCUGCACACAACACAGGUACCAGGGUCAGAAUCGGAUGUGAACUGCAGCAAUUUACCACUUAGGAACAAUAAAAAAAUUAAGAAAACCAUUUGCAGUAAAUGGCUUAAAAAGAUGAUCUCACGAAACCAAGAUAACACUGACAAGCAACCCAAAACCCACAAAUCAACUCCAUAUUAUAACUGCAUUGAUCGAGCAGCUGUAAAAAAUGUUUUCAUACCAGAAAUGAUAGCGGUUGAAAGAACUUUAAGCCUUACCUCCUUAGUAGUUGAUACAAACUUAGAGAAUGAGCCACAAAUUUCUAAAGAAAAUCAUGAAGAAGUUCAGCCCUUGGAAUGUGAUUUUAUCAAUAGAAUGUUUUUAGACAUUUUAAACACUGACAGCAAACAGGAUAAAGUGAUGGAUCUUUCUGACAAUGUGGGAACUAAAAAUAUGAAUGGCUCCUUGCGCCUCGAAGAUAUCAGUUAUGAAGAUGGGAAACACAUCGGUUUACUAUCCAAUUACACCCGAGUAAAUUCACCAGCAGAAACACAAAGUGAAGAUUUUAAUCAAGGCCAAUACAAGACCGUUUUUGAUGACUCCUACAAACUGAUGGUGUCAGAUUCGCCACAGUCCCACUGUCUGAAGACAGUUAAUUGCACUAAUCACAGCUUAAUGCAGAAGUCAGAAGCUUGCGUUACCGCUCUCAAAAUAUAAAUUAAGAGAGCCCACGAUUGUAGAUGCGAUGAGGUAAUGUGAUCAGCUCGACGGGUACUGCAAAGAAAUACGCGAACAGGAGAAAAUAUGACCAAUCACUUUUAUGACUGAAGUGGUUUUCCUUUUACAUAACAAUACAUAUAUUGGCAUAUUAAGAUUUAAAUGUCGGGUUAAUCAUCUAACUAAUUAAUAUUGUAUUGGAUAGAUGUA